ACUGGUCACUUCAAAACAAACCAGUUGAGACUCGAGUUGAGGAGAAUACUGAUGGCUUAAAGCCGAAAUAAUUCCAUAAAGUUAUAAAUUGACUUUUUCGAAAACCUGACAUAUUGAUGAAUUAAAAAAAAGUCUGAAUCGUUCGUUCAUCGGAAUAGAUGAUACCACUGUUCAAAUGAAGCAAUUAGUCAUGGGUUAAAGCUGGCACAUAGGAAAUUCUGUAUACAGAUUUUGUGUAACAAAACCUCCAUAGUUUGGAGGUUAGAGUUACAUAUCAAGAAGGAUUUUUAGAGUGAUAUUUACAUCAAACCGUUUUUAAAAACACACCAUCAAAAUGGAUCAAAUGCUUCCAAGUCCCGGCUUCAGCAUACCAAGCAUUGGUACUCCACUGCAUCAACCAGAUGAGGAUCAACAAAUUUUGCCAAAUGCACUGCAGCAACAACAAGAGUCGCAGCAGCAGCAACAGUACCACAUGCAGCCACAAAUGCAUUCUAUGAAUGCCCUGCAAAAUAAUAUGAUGCAAACACCACAGAAAACAAUGCAUACCUAUGCAAUGAACCAACCGUUUGCAACACCCCAAAGUAUGAUGCAGCCUCAAACUCCGCAAAAUAUUAUGUCUCCCCUGGUUCAACCAUCAAGCCAAAUUGCUCCAUCGUCUAUGGGACCAUCUACCCCAGGUCCUAUGACACCGAUGACACCAGCCUCUGCAGACCCUGGCAUACUACCACAGUUGCAAAAUAUUGUUUCAACAGUAAACCUAAAUUGUAAACUAGAUUUAAAGAAAAUUGCGCUCCAUGCGAGAAAUGCGGAAUACAAUCCAAAGCGUUUUGCUGCUGUUAUCAUGAGAAUACGAGAACCGCGAACAACUGCUCUCAUCUUUAGCAGUGGGAAAAUGGUUUGUACUGGAGCCAAAAGUGAAGAGGAUUCUCGUCUUGCAGCUCGAAAAUAUGCAAGAAUUAUCCAAAAAUUAGGAUUCCCGGCUAAAUUCCUUGAUUUCAAAAUUCAAAACAUGGUCGGCAGUUGUGACGUCAAGUUUCCUAUCAGAUUAGAAGGACUGGUCCUUACUCACGCCCAGUUUAGUUCAUAUGAACCUGAAUUAUUUCCUGGUCUUAUUUACCGAAUGGUCAAGCCACGUAUUGUACUGCUUAUAUUCGUUUCUGGGAAAGUGGUACUGACAGGUGCAAAAGUUAGACAAGAAAUAUACGAAGCUUUUGAUAACAUAUAUCCUAUCUUGAAGAGUUUUAAAAAGCAGUGAUAUUUCCCUUAUACAAUAAUAGAUAAUAUACGGCAAAUUUCAAAUGGAUUCUACUUCCUGCAUUAUACCAAAUAUCUCGGAAUAUUUGUAUUUUUGGAAAUGAACUUGCAUGAAGAAUCAUCAUGUUACCUACUUUUUUACGCAGCCACGCUCUUCCUGAAAAAUUUGACUCUCCUUUCAAAAAGAGGUGUGUAGAGCGCUAGUCUUAUAAGAAGUUUGUAAAAUAAUACUUUAUAAAAUAUUAAAAGAAGUUACUUAAGAUA